AUGAUGAAGUUCUUGCUUGGAAUGAAUAGAGGUUUUGAUGGCACUGUGAAAAAUGUGUUGUCCAUGGAUCCUUUGCCAAGUAUUAACAGAGUUUUCUCAAUUACUCAACAAAUAGAAAAACAAAAGGAGUUGAGCAAUGUUAUUAUUGAGUGUAAUGCUAUGAACAGCAGUGCUAUGGCUGUACAAGCUUACAGAAGGGGUCAGAUACAGAAGUAUACUACUGGAUAUGAUGGUGACAAUGGAGUGCUGAGCAAUGAAAUGUUGAAUGCUAUUUGUCAGGAAGUCAUGAAGGUGAUGAAGGGCAAACAACCGCAAAGUACUGAUGCAGUUGAUUCUGGAGCAUGUGAUCAAAUGACAUAUGAUGAAACUAUUUUAACCAAUAUAAGAACUCUCAUUAACCCCAUCAAAGGUUUCAGACAUAACUUGUUGUCUAUUGGUAGACUAAUUCAACAUAUUGGUGUCAAAUUUAUAUCCACCGGUACUGGAUACACUUUACAGGACCCUGCUAGUUCUGAGUUGAUUGGUGCUGGAAAGAGGACAAAUGGUCUUUCUGAAUACAACUGUGUUGUGUGUUACAAUUCCAAACAUCAUAAAUUGCCUUUUGCUGUAAGUACUAGUAGAGCAGAUGUAUGUUUUGACUUGAUUCAUCUGGAUUUACGGGGUCCAUAUAGAGUCAGAAGUUUUGAUGGUGCUUCAUUUUUCCUGAUUGUUUUUUAUGAUCACAGUAGGACAACAUGGACAUAUCUCAUUCAUAAUAAACUUCAAGUUGAGAAAGUUGUUUCUGGAUUUUUAUCCAUGGUUGAGACUCAAUUUGAUACAAAGGUCAAAAGAAUUAGGUCUGAUCAUGGCACUGAGAUUGUGAAAGAAUCAUAUUAUUUUCUCCCAAAUUCUCUCUUCUAUUGUUUUGGGUUUCUUCAUGGUAUCAGAGCAAGAAUCUCUGAUUUGAGAUAG